AUGUCUUCCAAUGUCGGUCUUACUACACCUAGAGGAAGUGGAACCUCAGGCUAUGUCCAAAGGAAUCUUGCGCAUAUGAGACCUCGCGAUCAAGCUAAGCCUUAUUCCACGGAUAUCGACAGUCUUAAACAUAGACAACGACAACCAGAUAAAGGGAUCCUUGAGCAUGACAGGAAACGAGAAGUCGAGGUCAAGGUUUUUGAGUUACGUGAUAAGUUAGAAGAAGAAGGAGUCGACGAGGAAGAAAUUGUAAUACAGGAAGAUGCGUUACGAAAGAAGCUCCUGAAGGAGAUGGAGAGAGGUAACGGCCCAAGUAUGAAAGGCUUGAAGAUGCAUCAAGUACAUGAAUUGGCAGAGGCAAAAAUCAAGCAGGAUAAUAAGUUCAGGAGUGCGUUGGGCAUUUCUAAGGACUACAAGGAGGGCGGCCAUUGGCAGAAGCAGGAAGAGAGACAGAGAGCUGCGAUGGAGAAUAAUGGUGAAGGUGCUACAGGUCCAUCUAAAAUAUGA